AGAGGAAGAAACCUUGGAUCCCAAAAAAGUUACCAGCUUUUUUUUACUUUUCCUUUAUUUUCUCUUACAUUCUCACUUCCCAAACAUUCCCUUACCUCUUUUAGUAGUAGCAUUGUAGCUGUACCUCUCUUUCACUCAAAUUCCUACCACGAAGAAAGCUCAACGAAAAGAAAAAUAAAAGAAAAAAAGAAGGAAACAGUUUUUCUUUUUUUUAGUAUAAGUUAAUUUGAGGUUUAAUCCAAUGGGAGCUGGUUGCUCCAAACUAUCACUCUGCUGGUGGCCGUCAAAUUUCUAGUCAAACCUCCAUGGCUCUUCUGAUCUCGAGAAUGAGAAGGCAGCGUUACCUGCUGGAUUCCGCGAGUACAGCUUGGACCAAUUAAGAGCUGCCACGUCAGGGUUCUGUACGGACAACGUUGUGUCGGAGCAUGGAGAGAAAGCUCCCAAUGUAGUUUACCGAGGGAAGCUCGACGAGGAUGGUUUCAUCGCCGUUAAACGCUUCAAUAGAUCAGCUUGGCCUGAUCCUCGACAGUUCCUUGAGGAAGCCAGAGCAGUUGGUCAGUUAAGAAGCGAGCGAUUGGCGAAUUUGAUUGGUUGUUGCUGUGAAGGAAAUGAGAGAUUGUUAGUUGCUGAGUUCAUGCCUAAUGAGACUCUCUCUAAGCAUCUUUUUCACUGGGAGAAUCAGCAUAUGAAAUGGGCAAUGAGGCUGAGAGUGGCGCUAUAUCUAGCGCAAGCUCUUGACCACUGCAGUAGUAGAGGAAGGGCAUUAUACCAUGACCUUAAUGCAUAUAGAAUCUUGUUUGAUCAGGAGGGUAAUCCUAGAUUAUCUAGUUAUGGCCUUAUGAAGAACAGCAGAGACGGAAAAAGUUAUAGUACAAACUUGGCUUUCACCCCUCCGGAGUACCUAAGGACGGGAAGGGUUAUACCAGAGAGUGUGGUUUACAGUUUUGGCACCUUAUUGCUUGAUCUUCUCAGUGGCAAGCAUAUACCACCAAGCCAUGCACUUGACCUGAUACGUGGGAAGAACUUUCUGAUGCUAAUGGACUCAUGUCUGGAGGGUCAUUUUUCAAAUGAUGAUGGAACUGAACUAGUGCGGUUAGCUUCACGAUGUUUGCAGUAUGAACCUCGUGAGAGGCCAAACGUGAAGUCUCUUGUAACUGCUCUAACUCCAAUUCAGAAGGAAACUGAGGUCCCAUCACAUGUUUUGAUGGGCAUUCCACAUGGAACGCUGUCCUCGCAACAAAAAAUAUUAACACCUCUGGGCGAAGCAUGUUCCAGAAUGGAUCUUACAGCAAUACAUGAAAUGUUGGAGAAGAAUGGAUACAAAGAUGAUGAGGGGGUUGCAAAUGAGCUUUCUUUCCAAAUGUGGACGGAUCAGAUACAGGAAACUCUGAAUUCGAAAAAACGUGGAGAUACAGCUUUUCGAGCAAAAGAGUUUGAAACAGCCAUUGAAUGCUACACCCAUUUCAUUGGAGGGAUGAUGGUAUCACCAACUGUGUUUGCCAGACGCUGCUUAUGCUAUAUGCUUUUUGACAUGCCACAAGAAGCACCUGGAGAUGCCAUGCAAGCGCAGGUAAUAUCUCCUGAGUGGCCAGCGGCAUUUUAUCUCCAAGCUGCUGCUUUGUUUAGCCUUGGGAUGGACAAAGAUGCCCUGGAAACCCUCAAAGAUGGUACUGACUUGGAAGCCAGAAAGCAUAGCUGAAAGUGUAUGGGUUUUUUUAACUCCCUUUCACUUUUAUAUUAUCCAUUUUAUUUUAAGAUAAUAACAAGAAUGGAAUUUUCUUAUUUGAGCUUGAUGUCAAGGAGAUCUGCAUAUCAAUUAUCGAAGAAUCGUCCAUGUAUCCACUGAUCGAUUAAAGAUUACUGUGAUGAAUUGAGAUUAUUCACUUUCAAAUA